UUAAAGGGCCUCCCGGUGAAAGCAGAAAGCUGUUUAUUUUCUGUGACAUCACUUCACUUUGCCUUCGAAGGCUGGUCUGUGCUCAGUGUUUUCGUGGUGAUGCAAGUCGGCUCUCUCCUCCAGCAGUUGGAUCCCUCCCAUCUCACAGUACCUCACAGGUCUCUUCCCCCGAGCAGUGCAUUGCUGGAGCGAGGAGAAGCUCACGAAUCAGCUGCAGGUCUCUGUUUUGAAAAAGCAGAGAUACAGAGGCAGAGGAAAAGGGUGGACUCCUAUGUGACCUGUUCUUAGAGCAAGACAAUCACCAUCUGAAUUCCAGAAGCCCUGUUCAUGGUUGGGGAUAUUUUCUCGACUGCAUGGAAUCAGAAAGAAGCAAAAGGAUGGGAAAUGCCUGCAUUCCCCUGAAAAGAAUUGCUUAUUUCCUAUGUCUCUUAUCUGCGCUUUUGCUGACUGAGGGGAAGAAACCAGCGAAGCCAAAAUGCCCUGCCGUGUGUACUUGUACCAAAGAUAAUGCUUUAUGUGAGAAUGCCAGAUCCAUUCCACGCACCGUUCCUCCUGAUGUUAUCUCAUUAUCCUUUGUGAGAUCUGGUUUUACUGAAAUCUCAGAAGGGAGUUUUUUAUUCACACCAUCGCUGCAGCUCUUGAGCCUUGCAAACAACAAUCUCCAGACACUCCCAAAAGAUAUUUUCAAAGGCCUGGAUUCUUUAACAAAUGUGGACCUGAGGGGUAAUUCAUUUAAUUGUGACUGUAAACUGAAAUGGCUAGUGGAAUGGCUUGGCCACACCAAUGCAACUGUUGAAGACAUCUACUGUGAAGGCCCCCCAGAAUACAAGAAGCGCAAAAUCAAUAGUCUCUCCUCCAAGGAUUUCGAUUGCAUCAUUACAGAAUUUGCAAAGUCUCAAGACCUGCCUUAUCAAUCAUUGUCCAUAGACACUUUUUCUUAUUUGAAUGAUGAGUAUGUAGUCAUCGCUCAGCCUUUUACUGGAAAAUGCAUUUUCCUUGAAUGGGACCAUGUGGAAAAGACCUUCCGGAAUUAUGACAACAUUACAGGCACAUCCACUGUAGUAUGCAAGCCUAUAGUCAUUGAAACUCAGCUCUAUGUUAUUGUGGCCCAGCUGUUUGGUGGCUCUCACAUCUAUAAGCGAGACAGUUUUGCAAAUAAAUUCAUAAAAAUCCAGGAUAUUGAAAUUCUCAAAAUCCGAAAACCCAAUGACAUUGAAACAUUCAAGAUUGAAAACAACUGGUACUUUGUUGUUGCUGACAGUUCAAAAGCUGGUUUUACUACCAUUUACAAAUGGAACGGAAACGGAUUCUACUCCCAUCAAUCCUUACACGCGUGGUACAGGGACACUGAUGUGGAAUAUCUAGAAAUAGUCAGAACACCUCAGACACUCAGAACGCCUCAUUUAAUUCUGUCCAGUAGUUCCCAGCGUCCUGUAAUUUAUCAGUGGAACAAAGCAACACAAUUAUUCACUAACCAAACUGACAUUCCUAACAUGGAGGAUGUGUACGCAGUGAAGCACUUCUCAGUGAAAGGGGACGUGUACAUUUGCUUGACAAGAUUCAUUGGUGAUUCCAAAGUCAUGAAAUGGGGAGGCUCCUCGUUCCAGGAUAUUCAGAGGAUGCCGUCGCGAGGAUCCAUGGUGUUCCAGCCUCUUCAGAUAAAUAAUUACCAAUAUGCAAUUCUUGGAAGUGAUUACUCCUUUACUCAAGUGUAUAACUGGGAUGCAGAAAAAGCCAAAUUUGUGAAAUUUCAGGAAUUAAAUGUUCAGGCACCAAGAUCAUUCACACAUGUGUCCAUUAAUAAGCGUAAUUUUCUUUUUGCUUCCAGUUUUAAGGGAAAUACACAGAUUUACAAACAUGUCAUAGUUGACUUAAGCGCAUGAGACACCAAAUUCUGUGGCUGCCAUCAGAAAUUUUCUACAGUACAUGACCCGGAUGAACUCAAUGCAUGAUGACUCUUCUUAUUACACUUGCAAAUGAAUGCCUUUCAAACAUUGAGACUGCUAGAACCAAGCACUACCAGUAUCUCCAUCCUUAACUGUCCAGUCCAGUGAUGUGGGAAGUUACCUUUUAUAAGACAAAAUUUAAUUGUGUAACUGUUCUUUGCAGUGAAGAUGUGUAAAUAAGCGUUUAAUGGUAUCUGUUACUCCAAAAAGAAAUAUUAAUAUGUACUUUUCCAUUUAUUUAUUCAUGUGUUCAGAAACAACUGCCAAAUAAAAUGUUUACAUUUUCUUUCAUAUCCCAAAGGUAAUUAUUUACAGGAGCUGUUUUAUUCUUGUUGUUGGUUUGUUGAAGAAAUAGUUUUAUAUAAUAGCUUUGUAUUUGGAUCAAGGAUUUACAGUGUGAAUAAUGAAUGAAGAUAAAAUUAUGGGUAAUCUGAUAUUGAUUACCCAUAAUUUAUGACCAGGUUUAUAUGUGGCUCGAUCAGAUGAUUUUUAACAUUCAAAGGUAUUUCCAAAGGUCAUGGCCUUUCGGGAUAAUUUGAGGUGAAAUGGUGACAAAUUAAAAGAAAGGUAGAGAAAUUUGCCUACUACAAGAGGACUGAUUUGAAAUUAGUGACAGCAAGACCCAUCCUUUCCUGACUGAUAGCCCCAGCUAAAAUCAUCACUCAGACAACUUCUAGGAGAAAGUAAAAUCAAGAAUUAGGAUCUCAAUACUCUAUUUAGGGUCUUCCUAAACAUCUGACAGCUGAUAGAGAUUGUAACCUUACAGCGUUUGCCUCAAAUGUACCUGUCAUGAAGGCCUCUUAAUCUGACCAAGGAUGCUUCACUUCUAGAUACAAUUUUGAUUUGUUAUUUACCUGCUGCAGAGUGCCCAAAAGGCUCAUACCUGAUUUUCUAAAUUUCUGCUUCUGGAUCACAUGGGUCAUUAGCACAAUGCCUGUGAUACAGUAGGCUCUCAAAAAAUGCUUUUAAAGAAGCAUGUGUCCUCCUGUUAUAAUAUCAUAAUAAACUUUCUGAGGCCUUUUGACCUAAUUAUUGCCUACCUCCUAAGAAUGGGGUAUUGUUCAGCAGGGGUGGGGGACUGAGGCAGAAUAAGGCCCUCUGAGGCCUUAGAAGACUAACUGGGGUGUUACAACACAAAAAACCUACAGAGCAAGCAGUGAGUGCCAAGUACCUUCUAAACAUUCCAGAUUAUAAGUAUCCUGGGAGUACCAAGAUGACUUUCUGGAAGUCUAGGUUCUUGUUUGAACUUAAAAGGAAGAUGUAAUUUCAAAGGGGGAUCAUGGCAGAGAAGAUAUUCCUGGCACGAACUGGUUCUGUGUGCUGCCUUCACGGAGGUGGUCAGAGCUUGCUCCUGCUCAUGGUUUGCUGGACUCUUUUGCCAUGUAAGUGUGGUCGGGAAGGGCAGACGGCAGCCCCUGGCAUAUCUAGAAGACUUGAGGCAUCAAAGGUACACACAUACUUACAUAGUUUCUGUGAAGCAAUUCCCUGGAGAUUAUGCACAGGAACCAGAUUCCCAUAUGGGAAAGAUAAUAACUCUGACAUCAGGAUUAUGGGAGAGAAGAAUACCUCACUCCCAAACUGGCCUUUGAAUGUCUUAUUUUUUUCAGUUCCCUUUUCCUGUAAGCAGCAUCAUAUGCUAUUGGAGAACACCUGCUCUGUACAGGCUAGGUUGAACUCCAGCUCUGCCAUGUACUGGCCUUGUCCACAGGCCAGUUGCUUAGCCCCGCUGAGCCUCAGUUUCUUUCCCUGUAAAGAGGGACACUAAUACCUACUUCCAAAGAUAAUGAAAGGAUUAAAUGAGACAGUACAUGCACGGCGGAUUUUAUUUCCCAGAUAUGACCACAACAAUAGCUGCCAUCCCAUGUGCUCUGUGACAGCCUUUCCCCCAUCCCCUCAAGAGGCAGUACCUAGUUCACCUACUCUUAAACGUGAAUGAAUUUAUGACUUGCUCGUAAUAGAAUGUGGUGGGAAUAAUAUAGUUGAUUUCUGAGGCUAGGUCAUAAAAACGAUGAAGCUUCUCUCCUACCUUGUAAACUGGGACACUUGAUUUUGGAGCUGUGAGCAGCCACCUUCAAAAGUCCUACUAGCCUGAGGCUACCGUUCUGUGAUGAAGCCCAGCCCCCAUGGAGAAACCACACGUAGGUGCCUUGGUCAACAGACCCAGCCAAGGCCAUCCUCAGCCACCGGUUCUGUGAGUGAAGACGCCUCUGGGUGAUCCCAGCUCCAGCUGACAAGUCACUACCAGACUUCAGAUCUUCCCAGCAGAGGCUCCAGACAUUGCAGAGCAGAGACAAGCCAUCCCCACUGUGUCCUGUCCAAAUGCCUGACCCACGGACUCUAUGAGCAUAAUAAAAUGGCUUAAAUUGUUUUAAA